AAAUCAAAACGCGUCAAAACAAAUGUGACGUGGACAUGCAAUUUUAAAUACAAUUAUCUAGUUUUUUUUUUAAAUUUAUUGAACAUAAUGGAGGGAUAUUUGCUUGAGCCGACCUUAUACACAAUAAAAGGUAUUGCAAUCUUGGACAAUGAUGGAAACAGAAUACUGGCCAAAUACUACGACAAAAACACAUUCCCUACUGCCAAAGAGCAGAAGGCGUUCGAGAAAAACCUUUUCAACAAGACGCACAGGGCUAACGCUGAAAUUAUCAUGUUAGAUGGUCUCACAUGCGUGUACAGGAGUAACGUAGAUCUGUUUUUCUAUGUUAUGGGAAGAUCACACGAAAACGAGCUUAUAUUGAUGAGUGUAUUGAAUUGUUUAUAUGAUUCAGUCAGCCAAAUCCUGAGGAAGAAUGUUGAGAAACGAGCGGUUUUGGAGUCUCUUGACAUUGUCAUGCUUGCUAUGGAUGAAAUAGUCGAUGGAGGGAUUAUACUAGAUGCUGACCCAGGUUCUGUAGUAUCAAGAGUAGCCUUAAGGAAUGAUGACAUUCCAAUAGGUGAACAAACUGUAGCUCAGGUAACAAAUGCAAUACAUUCGAUAUUUUGGUGAAACCUUUUUUAUGUAACAAUUAUACAGUAUUACUUUUUUGUAAUUAAAUAUUUUGUUUAUUUAUAGGUGUUUCAAUCUGCUAAAGAACAGCUGAAAUGGUCCUUACUCAAGUAAAAAUAAAGAGUGUAUAUAUCUUCUGUAAAUUUUUAUUUCAAUUCCUACAUGUUUCAAGAAUUUGUACUUAUAUUUAUAAAUAGAGGUAUUCAAAGUGUGCAAA